UCUUUGGGGGAAACCUUUUCUCGAAAGCUUUUCCUCCACACUGAUGUGGGGUCGUGGUGGUAAGAAGGAGCAUCUUUAACAUGCCCGAUGCCUUUGUGGCUGGUGCUAUUGAAAUGGUGGUGACCGAAGAUGGCGACGACGGAGACAAGAACCGGAUGAUCGCGUGGCCAGAAACGAAUAAUCGUUGGGCUACCACUACUACGAGACUACUUUGGCCAUAGAACUUGGCCUCUUUUUCGGCCACAGCAUGGAAAGUCGUCUUUUCCCAACAACAUCGACUUUUGCUCUGACCACGACGACAACAACAACUAGUGGCAAGCGGUUGUUGGGCCACGAACAAGAACGACGGGUACAGGAGCCACCACCUCCACAGCCACAACGACUGCACCAAGAACACCAACCACAGCAACAUCGGAGUGUGGGACGGCUUGCAGUCACAUCGAAAUCCCCAACUCGGGCUCGGUUGCCCAUUAAUAUAGGCAGGCAUUUUUAUUCGCCCAGUGCCGUUUCGGUCUGUCGUUCCUCAGGAACGUCUUUAGUGUCACAAGAUCGCCAAUUCCCCGUUUGUCUUGGGAAGUUGUCUUGACCAACAUCAGCGCUGGUGUUCCUGACCCGACAACUUACGAAUACUUCUCAAUGUGUAAUGCCUACAUCCGCUCCAUUAAUGAGUCCCUGAUGUGAUAAUCAGACCACCAUUGUACGUGCUACAACAACAAUACCGCCACCACCACCACCACCACCAACAACAACAAUAACAACAACAACAACGACGGUAAUCGUCAUCACCAGUCAGUCAGCUCCUACUUAGAUCUAGCUCGUGGUUCCUCGUUUCGUGCAAAACAAAACCAUCUCAAUUUGGGAUAAGAAAGCCGUUUGUGGCUUCUAACCAACCUCGUCGAACAACUCAUGUGUCAAUAUGCUUCAAAGUUCAAUACUCUCCAACUCGGCUGUCGCCUCUGCAUCUUGUUCUCAACAAGCCAGUGCCACCACAAUAGUACAUAACAGUCACAACAAUAAUAAUGUCAGAUUGAGUGGGUUUCCACCUAAUGGAACCAAUCCCAUGGGCAGUCGGGAAGGGAUGCAUCCGGCGGCAGCUGCAGCCGUGGCCGCUCAAGCCGCUGCCGUGGCGGCCGCAGCCAACCUCUCAUCUACCUCAGCAUCCAUACUUCCGCACCAAUUUCCCCACGGUGCUCACAAUCCCGGUGGAUUUGUAGGACCACCUCAUCCAGAGUUGAUGGGGAAUCACAUGCCGCCACACCAUCAUCCUCAUCCUCACCAUCAUCCCCACCAUCACCCUCAUCAUCACCCGCAUCAUCACCCUCACUUGGGGCCUCACCAUGGCCAUCAUCCUGGGAUGAUGGAGCCACCCAAGCCUCGUUUUCUGUUUCGUGUUCCCCGUGUUGUACCCAAUCAAAAAGAAAAAUAUGACUCCGACGAACUCAUGAAGAGGCAUUCGAGAGAAGGGGAGGUCCGAUAUACAGCAUUCCGCGAUAGGCCGCUCCACGAGCGUCAAAGUAAAUUUAUCCAAUCUCUGCGAGAAGGUAUCCUAGAAAUCGCAUUUAUCGCAACGGGUUUUAAUGUGAUGCUAUCCUUUGACACAUUUACCCAUGCAUUUCAUCCUGAACGGAGGCAAAUUGAUUUUGAGAAGGAACCAGGAAAGGUUCACAUUCGCUCACCAUUCAUCUUCAAUGGGGUUUGCGUCCGAUGGAAGGGCUAUCUAGACAUUGAACGUCUUGAUGGGGUGGGAUGCAUCGAGUUCGACGAGGAGGCUGCCAAAGCAGAGGAUAUUGUUCUCAAAGAACAGGUCGAGGCCUACAAUCGACGUAUGAAAGAAUUUGAAGAGCAUCGAAAACAACAACAGCGCCAAAUUGCGGCCUUCAUGGAGCAGCAACAACAGGCCUUGGCGGCAUUGAACUCGGCCGCUGUAGCGGCCUCCAAUCCAAUGUCUACCACCGUCAGCUCCACUGUCACCUCAGCCUCAACUAACGGAGGCCGAAGGGAGUUUCAGCUCCCAAGCUCGACCUCGAUCUUGACGGCCUCGUCCCCUCUGUCCGAUAAGAGCCGAAGCACGCCAGAUUUGGACGAAGAGAAAUGCUCGUCACCGGAUAUUAUUAAGGUGAAGAAACCCGCGCUUAGUCUGUCUUCUACAAUUACAUCUAGUCAAAUGAAGCUUCACGAAAUGACCACCUAGGACAUAAAGUGAGAUCUAUGAGCUAUCAAGAAAAGCUCCGAACACUUCCCACAUGUCAGAGAUC